UCUCCAGGCUCGAUUUGAUGAAAUCCAGCUCCAAGACGGCUUCUAGGAUGAGUUCUUCGCACUUUCUCUCUCUAGGGCUCUGUUUUUGCUCUCAAAACACGAUUCUCCCUCUUUUGGCUCGGAUUAGGCACUAAAACCGGAUUUCCCCAGGUGCACGGGCAGGUGCACGGCCGUGCACCACCCCAUUCUGGCCGUGCAAC